CGAAAAGUCCUAAUGAGGUACUUAGACAAAUAUUCCUCAUAGAAAAACGGUUACUUUCCCACUAUGAGAGUUUGGACAACACUACAGUGUCCAAACUAGCGAAAGAAAAGAGCCACGAACCAAUGAAUCAAUUCUUCUUGAAGAUUCAGUUUUUCCUCACAUCGUGGUGGAAGAAAAUAUUGAUGAAGUGAAUCGCUUUUCUGGUGAGGUGCAGGAAGAUCGAGACUCGUCUGCCUCACGAGCACCUGCCAGGCCAGAGGUGCUACUGACAAGAACAAGAUCCCCCGGUACGUGGAGUGCAGCGGCGAUGACGUCAUCUUCGACUGGGGGUUCUGGCGUGGUCUUGGUUCAAGAUGCCACAUCUGACGAGGAUAGCGAGGAGCUCUUUCUGGUACACCAAGUUCAUAGUUUGUAUGACCGUGGUCCUCCUAGAUGGACUAGGACGACUCCAGCAGCACCUUCUGGUGCACGACAAGAACAGCGGGACGAUCAAGGAGAUCACCCUCUGCGAAGCAGUUGCAUGUUCGACCAACUACAUAGGUACAAUAAUCAAGAAGAGCAUGACCCACAGACAAGAUAUCGACGACACCACGAUGCGUCUUCUUCAGCAGACGAGCAGAAUGAUGAAGAUGAUCACCACAUCUACUCGCGAGACUAUGAACAGUAUCAUCUUUAUGACAGGGAUAGGAUUGAUGCAGAAGGUCUAGUCGGAGUCUGCGAUUAUCUCGGCGAUUAUCUCGGACAAGAGGAGCAUCAGGAGGAUGGCGCUACACCGGGAGGAAGGGCAGGCUGCGUGGGAUCGCAGACCCCGACGUGGCAAAAAGGGCGCGCUUGUCCCAGCGCUGCAUGGAAGAACGGCUAUUUGCUUCGACUGCAUCUAACAUCGCACAUUUUUUUAUGCUGGAGAGCAUUCCGUUGCCCUUUCGCACUUCCGACCUUGACCUCUGUAGGACCGCAAAAGGUAUAG